AUUUCCACGGAGUCCAUAGAUGGUUCAGCCACUGUCGGCACCGCUCGUGGCGAACCCGGAUUGAUACAUUUAACUAAAUAGCGGUAUUUGACGAGAAUAAAUCCCGAGAUUCAACUGAGAAAGUGAUCGGUUUAGGCGCGGAUUACGCGCCAUACAGUGCCAGUGUUCCAAUAUUCAAAUUCACACCUCAACGUUCUAUUUUAUCUUUUCUUUUUUCCGUGUGUGUGCCAGUGGUGACUUUUCAGUUUGUUGUUUUUGGAUAUUUGGACAUCAGUCUACAGUCGGACGCCAUGGCCACCCAGCCGGCCUUGUUCAGUUGGACCACAGGGGAGAGCUCGCCGCCGUCGCCGCCGGGCGACGAGAAGGAGUCCAAGAUGAGCCAGAUACAGUUCUCACAGCCCUUCGACGAGGACGCCUCGGUGUGGUCGAAGCGGCAACAGGCGGUGUGCGUGAGACACGCGUACAAGCACUACGGCUCCAACAAGCGGCCCAACCACGUGCUCAGCAACCUCAACAUGACCGUCGCCAAGGGGACCAUCUACGGUCUGCUGGGCGCGUCGGGCUGCGGCAAGACGACGCUGCUGUCGUGCAUCGUGGGGCGCCGCAAGCUCAACAGCGGGGAGAUCUGGGUGCUGGGCGGCAAGCCCGGGACUAAAGGCUCGGGCGUGCCGGGCAAGCGCGUGGGCUACAUGCCGCAGGAGAUCGCGCUGUACGGAGAGUUCACCAUCAAGGAGACCAUGAUGUACUUCGGCUGGAUCUUCGGCAUGAAGACGUCGGAGAUCCUGGAGCGGCUGCGCUUCCUGCUGGACUUCCUCGACCUGCCCAGCGAGAACCGGAUGGUCAAGAACCUCAGCGGGGGUCAGUCGCGGCGCGUGUCGUUCGCGGUGGCGCUGAUGCACGACCCCGAGCUGCUGAUCCUGGACGAGCCCACGGUGGGCGUGGACCCGCUGCUGCGCCAGUCCAUCUGGACGCACCUCGUGCGCAUCACCGGCGCCGCCGACAAGACCGUCAUCAUCACCACGCACUACAUCGAGGAGGCGCGCCAGGCGCACACCAUAGGGCUGAUGCGGAGCGGGCGGCUGCUGGCGGAGCAGUCCCCGCAGGCGCUGCUGCAGAUGUACAACUGCAUCUCACUCGAAGACGUCUUCCUCAAGCUGUCCCGGAAACAGGCAGGUCAGUCCAACCAGGCGGUAGAGCUGCAAGUGGCCGGCGGGCUCGGGCUCACCAAGCUGUCGCGGCGCGAGGAGGCGCCCUACGCCCACGAGGAUGCGCACGUCAAGGGACUCAACUUCCACCAGAGCAAGGAGGUGCUCAUCACGGACCACAAUGGCGUUAGUAAUGGCGAUAUUCCCGGCAAGAUCGCGCCGAGCAUGAAGGCCGACUGUGAUGACUGCGGAGACUGCUUGAGUCCACUCCUGAAUUUCACCUCCCGAGGGAAGAUCAAGGCGCUGAUCCAGAAGAACUUCCUGCGCAUGUGGAGGAACAUCGGGGUGAUGCUGUUCAUCUUCGUUCUGCCCGUCAUGCAGGUCAUCCUGUUCUGUCUCGCCAUCGGACGGGACCCCGUCGGGCUGAGACUGGCGAUAGUAAACAACGACGUGAACGUAGUGGACGGCUACUGUCCGUACAACAACACGUGCUCCAUGAAGAACCUGUCCUGCCGCUACCUCGACCACCUCAAGAACCAGUCCAUCAUCAAGGAGUACUACGCUGACCUCGAGAGCGCCAUCAACGCCGUCAAAGAGGGGCAGGCGUGGGGCGCCAUCUACUUCAAUGAGAAUUAUACAGACUCUCUGGUCGCGAGACUGGCUUUGGCUGACACUGCGGACGACGAGACCAUCGAGUCGUCAGAAGUGCAGGUGUGGCUCGACAUGUCCAACCAGCAGAUCGGCCUCAUGCUCAACCGAGAUAUACAGUUCUCAUACAGGGACUUCGCUAAGAACUUGCUGUCGACUUGCGACUACAACCCGAAGGUGGGCGACAUCCCGAUCGACUUCAAGGAGCCCAUCUACGGCGACACCAACCCCUCCUUCACUGACUUCGUCGCUCCCGGUGUUAUUCUCACCAUCGUGUUCUUCCUGGCGGUGGCGCUGACGUCGUCGGCGCUGAUCGUGGAGCGCAUGGAGGGGCUGCUGGACCGCUCGUGGGUGGCCGGCGUAUCCCCCGGGGAGAUCCUGUUCUCGCACGUCGUCACGCAGUUCGUCGUCAUGUGCGGCCAGACCGCGCUCGUGCUCGUCUUCAUGAUACUGGUGUUCGGGGUCAAGUGUAACGGGAAUAUCUUCUUUGUGGUGCUGUUGACGCUGUUGCAAGGUCUGUGCGGGAUGUGCUUCGGCUUCGUAAUCUCCGCCGCGUGCGAACUGGAGCGAAACGCGAUCCAGCUAGCACUCGGCUCAUUCUACCCCACGCUGCUGCUGAGCGGUGUGAUCUGGCCCAUCGAGGGCAUGCCGUGGAUCCUGCGCUACAUCUCCACGUGUCUGCCGCUGACGCUGGCGACCUCCUCGCUGCGGUCCAUCCUGACCCGCGGCUGGCCCAUCACCGACCCCGAGGUCUACAUGGGCUUCAUCUCCACCCUCAUCUGGAUCGCUCUGUUCCUCGUAGUCACCAUCACAGUUCUAAGGUUCAAGAAAGGAUAAGCUGGUCUCUACUUGUUAAACUGCUCAAUGUGCACGACACGUGUGUCGCGGUGUAGGUUGUUAGAACUGCGAGUGGGCACGAUGUUGGAGGCCUCACUCGGUUAUUGCUCAAAUCACAAUGAACAAACUUUAUGUUUCUAAUAUGGGUUUUAGAUGUUUUAGCUAAUUUGACUGUUAGGAGAUGUAAAUAGUAGAUUUUGGUAUUUAUAUUUGUAAUUCGAUUUAAGUACUUUAAGGCAGGUACUUGUAUUUUAUAAUAGUUAAGGUGGUUCACUAGGGAAUGUUAGCAACUAUGAUGCGUCAACGACUUUUAAUGAAUUUCUGUUUAAUUUUAUUAUAAGACAAAUGUAUUUUCAUGGCUGAGGAUUCUUAUUACUAUUUUUCACUAGGAAAUGGAUUAUGAGCUAAUUAUAUUUACGUUGAGAUACCUGAAUGAGCAAGUUACCAUAGAUAAUAGGAUGGUGCCAUAGACAAGCAAGAAUUUGUUGAACCUUUCUCCAAAGUCACUAUCUUUCUUUUUAAUCUGACCUUUAUUUUGUCUAUUUCGCUUGCGAGCGGUGGUGCGAAUUCGUAUUUUAAAAUUAAUUUGAUGUAGUUUUAACAAAAUACGUAAUGUCGAAUAAUGAUGAGUAAUCGAAAUAAUAAUAAUAUUGAAAAUUAAUUUGGUACGUUUAUAUUAAUCGAUAAAUCUAGUUUUAUGUUGUAAGUCACAAAUGGCAUGUAUUUGACAGCAAAAGUAGUAUUUAAGUGAAUAUGUACAGAUGUAAAAUUUAGGACUUGUCGAGGUUUUUUAAAGACCUAUAUUGUAGCCUAGAUUUUUAUGUGACUCUAGGGUGUAUAUUAUUAUUAUAGUUGUGGUGUGUGCUUUAUGUUUUUUUAUGAAACUGGAUUAU